UCACAUUUUCCAAUGUCAAAUACUGGAAUACUCCAAAAAUCAACGAGUUUUAAUAUUUCCCGCCGUUUUUAGCAUAAAGAAAACGAUCAAGCGAAAUUUCCAGCUUAAAUUUAAAAUUAAACUCAAAGUAUAAUGACAGAUAUUGCGAAUAUAAAAUUGUCUCAAAACGAAUCAAAAGCCAAUGGGGUGGUUUCUUCAAAUGGGAUAAAUAAUGGUUCGGAAAUAAAUGAUAAUGAGGAGGAGAAUGAAAAUUAUGACGAACAGCAGUACCUUGAUUUGAUAGCCAAGAUUUUAGUAAAAGGUGUUGAAAAGGGAGAUCGCACUGGAGUGGGUACCCUCUCAUCAUUUGGAGCUCAAAUGCGUUUCGAUAUGCGAGAAUCCUUUCCUUUGCUCACCACUAAGCGGGUCUUCUGGAGGGCUGUUGCAGAAGAGCUUAUUUGGUUCAUACAUGGCUGCACCAAUGCAAAGAUUCUGCAGGACAAGAAUAUUCACAUAUGGGAUGGCAACAGCACACGCGACUUUUUGGAUAAGCUCGGUUUCACGGAUCGAGAGGAAGGUGAUUUGGGUCCUGUAUAUGGUUUUCAGUGGCGUCAUUUUGGAGCUAAGUACCGAACUUGCCACGAUAACUAUGACAACGAGGGUGUGGACCAACUAAAACAGGUUAUUCAUACAAUACGCACUAAUCCCGAUGACAGACGUAUCAUGAUGUCCGCUUGGAAUCCCAUGGACAUGCCGCAGAUGGCUUUGCCUCCCUGUCAUUGCUUGGCCCAGUUUUAUGUUGCCAAUGGUGAGCUAUCUUGUCAAUUAUAUCAACGCAGUGCCGACAUGGGCUUAGGAGUACCAUUCAACAUUGCCUCGUAUGCCUUAUUGACCUAUAUGAUUGCCCACAUAACUGGCCUAAAGCCUGGUGAUUUUGUACACACAUUGGGCGAUGCCCAUGUAUAUAAGAACCACGUUGAACCAUUGAGGGAGCAAUUAAAACGUAAACCCAGACCUUUUCCCAAAUUGGUAAUCAAACGUAAAGUAGAAGAUAUUGAGGACUUUAAAUUUGAAGAUUUCGAAAUUGUCGAUUACAAACCAUAUCCAAAAAUUCAAAUGGAAAUGGCUGUUUAAAGCUCUGCACUUGCUAAUUCUACUAAGAAAAAUAUCUCUCCAAUAUUUCCAAAAGAAUCUAAAUUGUUUAAGUAUUAUUUUAAGAGCGUUUUUGUAAAUGUUUAAAUGUUUUUGUACUAUAUGAAAGAACCCUCCAGCAAAUUGGAAUUGGAAUUUUUUAUAAACGAUACCUAUCAUUGUUA